AUGACUUCGCAUGACCCAUUAGACCUGUUUCGGGCUUCUUUAACCUCUUCCACGACACCUGUACUCCUCACAUCCGCAUCAGAGCCGUCACCGACAAUUCCGCUCGCAGCAUACAUAUCAUUCCCUCAACCUUCUGGUGAACCCAUCAACAUCCCCAAAGAUGCCCCGACGCGGUAUACAGCCCGUGCCGACACUCGCACAGAGUUUUACAACAUUGGACAAAUAUGGCUAGCUUGGACUGAACGUGAGAGUGGGGUUAGAGAGUAUCUCGCAAAGGGUCAAGCGAGCGGUGUGGGUUAUGUAGGUAUCGCCGAUCGAAGAGCUGUGGUGGAAUAUCUUCAAGGGGGACAUGGGGGUAAUCGAAUCAUCAAAGUCGGAGAUGAAGUUUCUGCCGAAGGAGUUUCAUCUGCUUUAGAUUUGUCAGAAGCUGGACCUUCAAGACCUGCUGUACCAGCCAAGAGAAAGUACGAAGUGGACAUUACGGAUCGAGAGUUUUGUCGCAAAUUAAGAUCUCAAGAGGUGGAGUUGAGAGAUCGGAAUAGUGUUCUGCGAGCUACAGCGGGAGGGAAAAUCAACAACUUUGAAAGCUUCCUCAAAUCUGUCAUGUCGGAGAAGAUAAGAACUCUGAGAAAAUCACUGGAAACAGGUGGUAAAGCUCAACCUAGCACUCAACAAUCUCAAACCACUUAUGGUAGGCUCACUCCGUCUAAAAAGCAAAGAUCUUCAAACCCUAUCAUCAUCAUCUCAUCUUCACCUACCUCGCUCGUCACCAUGUGGAACGUGAAGAAGUUUUUGGAACAAGGAGUGUUCGAACCCUCCGAAGUUGCCAGAGCGAAUGAAGCUCAACAAGGUAACACCCGAGCGGAAGAUAUGGUACCCGUACUUCGUAAACGUUCCACUCCACAGGGUCAGUCCUCUAUACCAUAUACCAUAUGUCACAAAUAUUACGUGGUAGAUGGUGUGGAGGCAUUACAGAAGUUUGGACAAGAUGCUUGGGACCGAGUGGUAUGCGUCUUGACGACUGGUCAAGCGUGGCAGUUCAAACCUUACAAAUGGCAAGAUCCAAAGGUUUUAUUCCGACAUGUCAAAGGUGUCUAUUUUCAAUGGAGUAACGAACCGAUCAAUCCAACGGUAAGAGAUUGGAAUGUGACUGAAAUGAGGAUCGAUAGGAAUAAACGACAUAUAGAUCGACAGGUCGUUGCUGAAUUUUGGCGCGUGUUGGACGAAGCAAAGAAACGUUGA